AUGGAUUCCGAUGACGAUUUCAUGUCUGGCGUGUCCAGCGAGGAGGAUGACGUUCUGCAAGAUGGCAGCGACAAUGAGGAUGGCUCUGCAGAUGACUUCGGAUUUGACGAACCUGAACCCGAUCUAGGAUACUCGCAGAAGGAGGCCGUACAGAAGAAGAAGAGAUCUUUCGACACCACCUUUACAGUUUACCACCCUGAAGACAUUCAGGGUCAGCAAGAUGACCUCAUUGACGAAGUCAAUAUGAUCCUCGACCUCCGAAAAGAAGAUGUAGCUAUCUUGUUACGACACUUCCGAUGGAACAAGGAGAGGUUGAUAGAGGACUAUAUGGAUCGCCCAAAGAAGGUUCUCGAGGACGCCGGCUUAGGGCCAAGCACGUCGGGACCACCAAAACUCGAGGCCAUUCCCGGUUUCAUGUGCGAUAUCUGCUGCGAGGAUGAAGCGGGUCUUUUGUCAUUUGCCAUGAAAUGUGGCCACCGAUACUGCAUUAAUUGUUACCGACACUAUCUGGCCCAGAAGAUCAAAGAGGAAGGCGAGGCUGCCCGCAUUCAAUGUCCACAAGACGGGUGCAAAAGAAUUAUGGACGCAAAAUCAUUAGAUCUGCUUGUUACCACCGAUCUUCAAGCUCGAUACCAUGAACUCCUUACAAGAACCUAUGUCGAAGAUAAGGAUCAGCUGAAGUGGUGCCCCGCUCCGGAUUGUGUUAACGCUGUCGAAUGCGGUAUUAAGAAGAAAGACUUAGAUAAGGUCGUGCCAACUGUGGUCUGUGACUGUAAGCACCGCUUCUGCUUUGGCUGCAUCUUGGCAGAUCAUCAACCCGCGCCCUGUGAUCUGGUUAAGAAAUGGCUCAAGAAGUGUGCGGACGACUCUGAGACUGCCAACUGGAUUUCAGCCAACACGAAAGAAUGCCCUAAGUGCAACUCCACGAUUGAGAAGAAUGGCGGGUGCAACCACAUGACCUGCCGGAAGUGCAAGCACGAGUUCUGUUGGAUGUGCAUGGGUCUAUGGUCUGAACACGGCACGAGUUGGUACAACUGCAACAGAUUCGAAGAGAAGAGCGGAUCAGAAGCCCGUGAUGCUCAAGCCAAGUCUCGCGUCUCCCUCGAGCGCUACUUGCAUUACUACAAUAGAUACGCCAAUCACGAACAAUCGGCCAAGCUGGAUAAGGAUAUCUACCAGAAAACCGAGAAGAAAAUGAUCCAAUUGCAGUCUGCGUCUGGAAUGUCCUGGAUUGAGGUGCAAUACUUGAACUCCGCUUCGCAAGCACUCCAAACUUGUCGUCAAACUUUGAAGUGGACCUAUGCCUUUGCCUUCUACCUGGCCCGCAACAACUUGACGGAGAUGUUCGAGGAUAACCAAAAAGACCUCGAGAUGGCCGUUGAAGCUCUGUCCGAAAUGUUCGAGAAGCCCGUCACUGAGCUCGCAGACUCGAAGUUAAAGGUCGAGAUCAUGGACAAGACUUCAUACUGCAACAAACGUCGGGUCAUCUUGCUUGCAGAUACAGCAGAAAAUCUUGCAAACGGUGUGUGGACAUUUGGUUCCAUCAACUUUUGA